UUUUUACUUAUUGUUUGACCUUCAAAAAUUACUGUCAAUUUUCCAUACUUGAUGGUGUUCAGAAGUCUUCUAAAAUCUCAAUUUCACUCGAAAUAUAAACGAAUAUUAGCAGUAAGCUUUAACAGUUUGCAAAGCAGAUACAUAACAACUUGUCCUACAAUGUCGAAAACUGCAUUGGUCAUCUUGAGCCAGGGUGCCGAGGAGAUGGAGACUGUCAUCACUGUAGACAUGCUCAGAAGAGGUGGAGUAACAGUGACUCUAGCUGGUCUAGAUGGACCCGACCCAGUGCUGUGUUCCAGGCAGGUCACCCUCGUUCCUGACAAGGCUCUGGAUGCCGCUCUAGCUGAGACUCCCAUGUAUGAUGCGGUAAUUUUGCCCGGAGGUCUGGAAGGUUCGGAUCGCCUCUCGAAAUCAGUGAUAGUUGGCAACAUUCUGAAGGAGCACGAACAGAAGGGAAAGAUUGUUGCUGCUAUUUGCGCUGCGCCAACAGCAUUCGUAGCUCACGGUGUUGCCCAGAACAAAAAAAUCACAUCCUACCCAACUACAAAGGAUAAGAUACCAGCUGAUUGCUACACCUACGUGGAAGGAGAGAGAGUAGUGGUUGAUGGGAAUAUUGUUACUAGCAGGGGCCCCGGAACAGCAUACUGGUUUGGACUGAAGUUAAUUGAAUUGCUAACAGGCAAAGAUAAGGCUGAUCAAGUAGAGAAAGGAAUGAUUAUAUCUGGAUAUUAAAAUGUUAACAUUUUUAUGUCAUUGGUUUUAAGUGCAAUAAAAUAUGUAUUUUAUCA